AUGACUGAUGGUUUCAUUGCCACCUCAUCUCAGAAAGAUCAAGUCAUCGUCUACUCAGAUGUAUCAAAUAGCAUCCAAUGUCCCCCUGAGAUCAGCACUGCUGAGGCAUGCUCUUCAAAAGAGGGAACAGGACCUGAGUCAGAGGAAGGUGUGGAAGUACGGGUGGCAAGGAUCUUCAACACCUUCGGGCCACGAAUGCACAUGAAUGAUGGGUGGGUGGUCAGCAACUUCCUCCUACAAGCACUACAGGGGGAGCCGCUGACGGUAUAUGGAUCCGGGUCUCAGACAAGGGCACUCCAGUAUGUCAGUGAUCUGGUGAAUGGCCUGGUAAUCAUGAACAGCAAUGUCAGCAACCCUGUCAACUUGGGGAACCCAGAAGAACACACAAUCCUGGAAUUAGCUCAGUUAAUUAAAAACCUUGUUGGCAGUGGAAGUGAAAUUCAGUUUCUCUCUGAAGCCCAGGAUGACCCACAGAAAAGAAAGCCAGACAUCAAAAGAGCAAAGCUGGUACUGGGGUGGGAACCUGUGGUCCCACUGGAGGAAGGGUUGAACAAAGCCAUGCACAACUUCCGGAAGGAGCUAGAGUACCAGGCCAAUAACCAGUACAUCCCCAAACCUAAGCCCGGCUAG